AUGGGAUUCACAGUCUUCAUGUGUGCAGAUGGUAUUCAAAGCCAAGCCCCAGUAACACGAAAAUCAGAUGGGAGGAAGCCACAGAAACAACCAGAGAGGCCAUCCACCCUCCAGACCCUCCCCAAUCAGGGAGGCUAUCCACCCUCCAGACCCUCCAACCAGGGAGGCCAUCCACCCUCCAGACCCUCCCCAAUCAGGGAGGCUAUCCACCCUCCAGACCCUCCAACCAGGGAGGCCAUCCACCCUCCAGACCCUCCAACCAGGGAGGCCAUCCACCCUCCAGACCCUCCAAUCAGGGAGGCCGUCCACCCUCCAGACCCCCCAACCAGGGAGGCCAUCCACCCUCCAGACCCUCCCCAAUCAGGGAGGCUAUCCACCCUCCAGACCCUCCAACCAGGGAGGCCAUCCACCCUCCAGACCCUCCAACCAGGGAGGCCAUCCACCCUCCAGACCCCCCAACCAGGGAGGCCAUCCACCCCCCAGACCCUCCCCAAUCAGGGAGGCUGUGCACCCUCCAGACCCUCCAACCAGGGAGGCCAUCCACCCUCCAGACCCUCCAACCAGGGAGGCUGUGCACCCUCCAGACCCUCCCCAAUCAGGGAGGCUAUCCACCCUCCAGACCCUCCAACCAGGGAGGCCAUCCACCCUCCAGACCCUCCCCAAUCAGGGAGGCUAUCCACCCUCCAGACCCUCCAACCAGGGAGGCCAUCCACCCUCCAGACCCUCCCCAAUCAGGGAGGCCAUCCACCCUCCAGACCCUCCAAUCAGGGAGGCCAUCCACCCUCCAGACCCUCCAACCAGGGAGGCUGUGCACCCUCCAGACCCUCCCCAAUCAGGGAGGCCAUCCACACUCCAGACCCUCCAACCAGGGAGGCCAUCCACCCUCCAGACCCUCCCCAAUCAGGGAGGCUAUCCACCCUCCAGACCCUCCAACCAGGGAGGCUGUGCACCCUCCAGACCCUCCCCAAUCAGGGAGGCUAUCCACCCUCCAGACCCUCCCCAAUCAGGGAGGCUAUCCACCCUCCAGACCCUCCAACCAGGGAGGCCAUCCACCCCCCAGACCCUCCAAUCAGACCACGCUCUGGCCAUCAGUCAUGA